CACGUCUCAAAGAUGAGCUGCCCAGCUCCCUCACAAGCGUUAUUUGCAGCACAGCGUAGCGAAGGAGCCUGCCCCCGUGUGCGACACCUUCUCACCGGCACUUUUAACACGCACUUCCUCCACCUCCUCUCCUUCGACAGCCUGACCAGGACCCUCUCCGUCCUUGCCUCGCUGCCGGCGCAAGGUCCCCACUCGUUUCUUGCGGCAGGGCGGUCCGGCUCGUCCGCUGGUAAGCUGGUAGACCGCGUAUAUGCAACGACGUGGGCCCAGGAAAAGACGCUGAGCGCCUGGUCCAUCGACUGGCAUGGCGAGGCCGCCCAAGUUCGACUGAUCAACUCUGUUCCCAUUACUGCAACAUCAUCCUAUGUCCAUGUUCAGCCUCCAUCGUAUUCCAGCUUGACGUCGCCGAGCUACGGCCUGCAACCGGGGCCAGCAAGGUUCCUCUACUCCACAGGUGGACCGACGGGCGAGGUGCACACAAUUGAUGCAGAGACGGGGGCAUUAAGAGAAAAGACGCAGGAGAUCGUCUUUCUCCGUGGCGGCCAAAAGGACCUGGAGGCGGCGGACAAGUCUCGAAAGGCGCUCCGCUACGGCGCACACAACGUCGAUGUUGGAAGGGGCCACCUAGCGUAUGUGGCUGAUCUAGGUCGCAAUGCCAUCUUGACCUACCAGCAAGACCCGGAGACUGGCCUCCUUGGCGACCUGCUCUCCGAAACGGCCUCACCCGACGACGGCGAUGGUCCUCGCCACGUCGUGCCUUCGCCUGACGGCAACUGGGUAUUUGCCGUCACCGAGCACACAAGCUACCUGGACGUGUACCGGCAAGAAACAUCGCCGCAGUCUUUGAAGCAUGUUCAACGUCUAUCCUUGCUGCCUCCCGACGUCCCCAUUACAGACUACCGAGGCGACACUGUCCGCCUCUCGCCUGGCGGGAAUGAGAUUCUGGCAACAACAAGAGGCAAGACUUCAGCCAUAAAGGGCUUCGUCACCGCGUGGAAGCUCAACUGGUCAGCUGGCCUCUCGCCCGUCGUGGGAGGUCAAGAGCCCGUUUCGAGGUUCGAGACGCCCACGUCAGGAGGCAAGGCAAAUGCCAUCGAAUUUGCGCCUCGGUAUGCAAGCAAAGAUGGCCAAGGAUCUCACGUGAAGGAUCUGGCAGUCUUGACUGACGACGAGCAAGGAUUCGUUCUCGUGCUCGAAUGGAACGGUACUGACCUCGUCGAAGUCGCGCGAACAAAGCUGCCGGGCAAAGAUGACGAGGACGAAAACGAACCUGAAAAGGCCAGCCAUGCCAUCUGGCUCUCUUGAAGCAUGCAUGUACACACUCUCACGCACACUUUCACACUUUCUUCUUCCUGCUGCUGCAAAGGAUAUCAUGGCAUUGUUGCAC